CAAAUCUGGAUCUAGUGAAUUUAAAUGUAGUUUCACCAGGGGACUGUUGGAUGUAUGAACUCUCUGAGUUAUUGGGUCAGGCCAUCGAGUUUUAUUUUGUGAACUUUAGGUUUUCUAGUUACACAAAGUGGCUGAAAGUGGCUGAACGAAGGCAGAUUCAGACCAAAGUGGACGGACUGAGACAGUAGGAUAUAGAGAGCAAGACUUUUAUCUUAUAGAAUUUGCUGGAAGGCUGAGAGGUUGAGAGGAGAGAUCCAGAUUUGCUGGUUGGACUGGAAAGGCCGGGGGGGGGGCGUCGGCUGCCUCGCAAAGCUCGACAGGUGUGGUGAGAGACAAACAAAGAGCAGACAGACUCAGCGGAGAGAAGAGGCUUGACUGCUGUGUCUGAAGAGGGAGAGGUGAAGCAGUGGUAUUAAAAUACGCACAACAGGUGGAGUGACGAUAAAGCCAGAGUGACCACCAGUCCUGUUGUCAGAAACAAAUCCAGGAGAGGUGGACGUUACCAGGCAGAGAGAAAAAGACGGAAACAGAGAAAGAAAGAUGGCCGAGGCCCCGAAGAUUGAACUCUUCGUUAAGGCCAGUGUGGACGCUGAGAGUGUGGGCAACUGCCCUUUCUGUCAGAGACUCUUCAUGAUUCUUUGGUUGAAAGGGGCCAACUUCACCCUCACCACUGUGGACAUGAAGAGGACACCUGACGCGCUGAAGGCUCUGGCUCCAGGCUCUCAGCCUCCAUUCCUCAUCUGCAACGAAGAGGUCAAAACGGACACCAACAAGAUUGAGGAGUUCCUGGAGGAGACGUUGGCUCCACCACAGUUUCCAAAAUUGUGCUGUCGAUACAAGGAGUCCAACGGCGUUGGAGAGGACAUCUUCCGAAAGUUCUCAGCAUAUAUAAAGAAUCCCAAUCCUGGACUAAAUGACAUGCUAGAGAAGAAAUUUCUAUCGACUCUGGUGAAGCUGAACAUGUACCUGGAGAUGCCACUUCCUCAUGAGCUGCAACAGAGCCCCAAUGCCAACGAGUCGCCCCGUCUCUACCUGGAUGGCGACUGCCUCACCUUGUCGGACUGUAACCUGCUUCCCAAACUCAACAUAGUGAAGGUGGUGUGUAAGGAGUACCGUGAUUUUGCCAUCCCCAAGGCGCUGAAAAGUCUGACGCGUUACCUGGACAACGCCUACAAACAGGAUGAGUUUCGCUACACCUGCCCAAAUGACUCAGAGAUCCUCAACGCCUACCGGUCUGUGGCCAAGUACCUGACCAAAUAGAUCCAGAGGGAGACAUGUAGCAUAAGUGAGAGCAAAGAGUAGAAUGAAAACCAACGACAGAGAAAAAGCUUCAAAAAGCUUCAAAACUGCACAUGCUUUAUGUUUUUUUGUCAAAAUAAUUGAAAAGAUUUUUUUUUUUUUUUUGCAUUGACAUGUUCAAUAAUUAGCUGCUGUUGUUACUCUAAAGUUGCUUAAAAUGUUGUAUUUGUAGAUAUUGUCUGUACUGUUGCAUGCUCUUGUACUGAUGUGGAUUUCUUCUUAAGCCCCUGUAGAGUGAGAAAGCAUUGUAAAUCCCACAGAAUGUUUGUGUUAUGUCUUAUAGUGCAUGCAUCUAUUGUGUCUAAGAAUUUAUUCGAUGCCGAUUGCAUUAUAAUCAUAUACAUUUUUAUGUGAAAAACCUCAAAUUUACGUAGGUUUUAAAUAUUCAUAAAGUUUAAAUCAACUGAAUAAGCCAGAUACAGAGUUUAAAGUUGUUUAAACUGUCACCAUGACAUGUCUGUGUUUCCAUUUAGUCAGUAAUUGAAAGAGAAUAAGAGUAUAUAUCAAGAACAAUGAUAAAUAAUGAUAGAAUAAUUGAGUUCCGUCCGAUUGUAAGGUUAUUUUUGCAUGGUGGAUUAAAAUAAAAAAGGAAGUACGAAGAUCUUAUUGUUGUUUUCAUAAUAUCUAGUUUGUUGCAGGAAAGGAGCAACACUGUUUAUUUUAUUGAUUGCAAAUGUGUAUAUACUGUAUCUCUGCACCUGUAUGUGAACAUCUGUCAUUUUACCACCUGUCUUGAUGUCCCCAGAAACAGAAAUAAAAUGAUUUUGUGCAAAACAAA